AUGUUUACAGAAAACAAAAGAUUUACCAUUAAAACAUUCAUUUUUAAGCAACCCUACAAUAAUUUCACUUCACAAUUACAACGAGAUGCUGAACAAUUCCAUGACAGAGUUGUCCAAAACCUGACAGGGGAAGCCUUGACGUUAUUUAACCAAAUUUGGCGUAUUCGUCAAGAUGACACCAUAACUCGUUUGGCCGAAUGUCAACAAAUUAAAAACGCCUAUAAGCAAGCCUCCCCCGAAGUUCGUCAACAAGUGCCGUUUAUUCUUCCUUCAAUUUUGGGCCCACCCCCGCGUGGAUGUUGCUUUCCCCGUCCUUUUUCUCAUUCUAGCAGCAGUGAACAACAACCUACAGAUAACACUCUGGAUGAUCAAAAAAAGGAUAGUGAAGAUAAUUGA